GAGUCUCUGUCCUUUCCUGGGAAAGGUGGAAGCAGUUCAUGGUCUUUCCCUUUCAGAGGAGGAGGGGAUGGAGGGGAUUGUAUUAGCAACUGGGAUUGAAGCUCCCCCUGCCAGUUGUGGGGUGCCCUCGGGAGGGCUGCUUUAGGGGGCUUUCUGAGAAGAGGCAGGUCGGGCUGUACCUGAGACAAAUCCCCUUGAUAAAAUGGACCCAGGCCUGAAGCACUUUCAGAACGGAAGCAGCAAAGGUGAUGAUAUCGCUUGUUGCUACUCAGCUUUCAGGAGGAGGCUGGGCGUUAGAGGGAGGCUGUGGCUUAUCUCCUGCAGCUGGGCAGGACGGCUGAGUUUACUGUUGUAAUGAGGAAGCCGCUGCUUUAGUUUCCUCUUGUGAGGGCUGUGAAGAGGGCCAGGACACUGCGUUUAGGAUACCACAGCCAUUUUGUCUUGGAUAACUGGGAUUACCUGGGGACUUCAGGGCUCUUGAAAAUUUUCCACUUGUAUUUCAUAUUCACGAAAGAAUUUCCAGCCCAGGCUUUUCCUGCUCUGGCUCACUGCUGCUCACAGAUAUGCAAAACAGAGACCUCCUACUCCAGCCGGCAGACAGGACCCAGCCAGCUGCACGCAUGCACUGACUCAGCUGAGCCUCCUGGGCAGCAGGCAGCACCUGGCCCGGGUGUAUCACUUGAGUGGCAUCUUCAGGAGCAGUCAUGGAGCCAGGCUCAGCCGAGAUGCCGCGGCAGUUUCCCAAGCUGAACAUCUCUGAAGUGGAUGAGCAAGUCCGGCUCCUGGCAGAGAAGGUGUUUGCUAAAGUGCUCCGAGAAGAGGACAGCAAAGAUGCCCUGUCCCUGUUCACUGUCCCAGAGGACUGCCCUAUCGGGCAAAAGGAAGCCAAGGAGAGGGAGCUGCAGAAGGAGCUGGCAGAGCAGAAGUCUGUGGAGACCGCAAAAAGAAAGAAAAGUUUCAAGAUGAUUCGGUCCCAGUCCCUGUCUCUGCAAAUGCCGCCACAGCAAGAUUGGAAGGGCCUCCCGGCAGCCAGUCCGGUCAUGUCUCCCACAACCCCUGUGGUCACUGGAGCCACUUCCCUGCCCACGCCAGCACCCUAUGCCAUGCCUGAGUUCCAGCGGGUCACCAUCAGCGGAGAUUACUGUGCCGGGAUCACUUUGGAGGACUAUGAGCAGGCAGCCAAGAGCCUGGCCAAGGCCCUAAUGAUCCGGGAGAAGUAUGCCCGGCUCGCCUACCACCGCUUCCCGCGGAUCACAUCCCAGUACCUGGGUCAUCCGCGGGCAGAUACUGCACCUCCGGAAGAGGGCCUUCCAGACUUCCAUCCUCCUCCACUGCCCCAGGAAGACCCCUACUGCCUGGAUGAUGCACCCCCCAACCUGGAUUACUUGGUCCACAUGCAGGGGGGCAUCCUCUUCGUGUAUGAUAACAAGAAGAUGCUGGAGCGCCAGGAGCCGCACAGCCUACCCUACCCCGACCUGGAGACCUACACGGUGGACAUGAGCCACAUCCUGGCUCUCAUCACCGAUGGCCCCACGAAAACCUAUUGUCACCGACGAUUGAACUUUCUGGAAUCCAAGUUCAGCCUUCAUGAGAUGUUAAACGAAAUGUCCGAGUUCAAAGAGUUGAAGAGUAACCCCCACCGGGACUUCUAUAACGUGAGAAAGGUGGACACGCACAUCCAUGCGGCUGCCUGCAUGAACCAAAAGCAUCUGCUGCGCUUCAUCAAGCACACAUACCAGACGGAGCCUGACAGGACUGUGGCGGAGAAGCGGGGCCGGAAGAUCACCCUGCGGCAGGUGUUUGACAGCCUGCACAUGGACCCCUACGACCUCACUGUGGACUCGCUGGAUGUCCACGCGGGCCGGCAGACAUUCCACCGCUUUGACAAGUUCAACUCCAAAUACAACCCUGUGGGGGCCAGUGAGCUACGUGACCUGUAUUUGAAAACUGAAAACUAUCUGGGAGGAGAGUACUUUGCUAGGAUGGUCAAGGAGGUUGCCCGGGAGCUGGAGGAGAGCAAGUACCAGUACUCAGAGCCACGGCUCUCCAUCUACGGCCGCAGUCCUGAGGAGUGGCCCAACCUGGCCCGCUGGUUCAUCCAGCACAAGGUCUACUCUCCCAACAUGCGCUGGAUCAUCCAGGUGCCCCGGAUCUAUGACAUAUUUAGGUCAAAGAAGCUGCUGCCAAACUUUGGGAAGAUGCUGGAGAACAUCUUCCUGCCCCUUUUCAAGGCCACUAUCAACCCCCAAGAUCAUCGAGAGCUUCACCUCUUCCUUAAAUAUGUGACGGGGUUUGACAGCGUGGAUGAUGAGUCCAAGCACAGUGACCACAUGUUUUCCGACAAGAGCCCGAACCCAGACGUCUGGACCAGUGAGCAGAACCCACCCUACAGCUACUACCUGUACUACAUGUAUGCCAACAUCAUGGUGCUCAACAACCUCCGCAGGGAGCGCGGCCUGAGCACGUUCCUGUUCCGGCCACACUGUGGGGAGGCCGGCUCCAUCACCCACCUGGUGUCUGCCUUCCUCACUGCUGACAACAUUUCCCACGGGCUGCUCCUCAAGAAGAGUCCGGUAUUGCAGUAUCUCUACUACCUUGCUCAGAUCCCCAUUGCCAUGUCUCCUCUUAGCAACAACAGUUUGUUCCUCGAAUAUUCCAAGAACCCUCUGAGGGAAUUCCUGCACAAGGGACUGCAUGUUUCUCUUUCCACCGAUGACCCCAUGCAGUUCCACUACACGAAGGAAGCACUUAUGGAAGAAUAUGCCAUUGCAGCUCAAGUGUGGAAGCUGAGCACCUGCGACCUGUGUGAGAUCGCCAGGAACAGCGUGCUGCAGAGCGGCCUCUCGCAUCAGGAAAAGAAAAAGUUUCUGGGACAAAAUUAUUAUAAAGAAGGACCUGAAGGAAAUGAUAUUCGAAAGACAAAUGUGGCUCAGAUCCGGAUGGCAUUUCGAUAUGAGACCUUAUGCAAUGAGCUCAGCUUCCUGUCUGAUGCUAUGAAAUCAGAAGAGAUCACCGCCUUGACCAACUAGGUCCAGCAUUUAACAUGCAUUUUAACUUUUUGGUUCAAUUUCAAGUCUGCUGUGGCUAAUAGUGGUCAAGAUUCCGAACUAGGACUUUCCUCUGUGAAGAGGAUGCCUCUGAAGAAAUUUUAAACUGGUGAUUUUGGUUGCACUUUUCACUUUAAGAUUUAACAUGCUCACUUGUUAGUAUUUCUGAGUAACAAGAUGGUGACUUUUCCUUGGGGAUCUGGGAGCUGAGCACUUGUCUAUACUUGUUCCUAAUUUUCCAAGUAUUUCUCUUGAAACUGCCAGUGCCUGAACUGUUGGGGCCAGGAUUUUCCCUGGUCAGAUGCCAAGUAACAUGUGGUUUUCUGCCAUACUUUUCUCCAUUGGCCCAGGUAGGCUAAUUGGUAGUUGUUCAUUUCAGCCUCUGGAUGGCUGGCUGCCUUAAACACAAUCAAUUUCAAAGCUCCAUUUCAUAAAGGGGCUACUUUGAAGGAGUUAAGAUGGAAGACUUCCUUCUUGACAGUUUGUGUUUUUAGUGAAUUUCUUAAACCGUUUUAUUUAGCCCUCCUCCCCCCUUUCUAGUUGGAAGCCAAAUGUACUCAUGAAAACAGCCGCUCCUAUUCUGAGUCUUGGUUUCUUCACCUAGAAAGUGAGGGUUUGGACUAGAUGAGUGGCUUUCAGGGUGUUCUGUGAAUCUCCUCAUGAAUACUUUAGGGUGGGGGAGGGAAGGGAGUGAGUGAUGCUCAGGGGCUGUCAAAGUGACUGUGUUCAUCAGUUUUACACUGGGGCUGCUACACAAUAUUUUCAUUUGAAUGAAGAACUUCAAAAAGCACAGGACUAGAUGAUCUCUGUUCCUUUUGGCUCUAAUAUGCUACAACUGUAGGCCAAUUAUCACUUUACCAAUUAAGAGUUAGGCCAGAUAAGUGAAAUUUAACUUAAGGUCACACAACUAAUAAGUAAUAGGCCUACAACUGGAUUUCCUUAUUCCAAAUCCUGUCUUUUCCCCACUAUUCCAUUAGACCCCACAAAUGUUAGUUGUGUGUGUGUGUGUGUUUUUUUUUUUUUUUUUAAUCACUGUAACCAGGUGCAUUUUUUUAAGGCAAAAUUUCUCCCUUAUCUACUAUGACGACUUCAGAAGAUACAGUGGUCCCAGGGGCCAGGUAGAAAGCAUUUUUAAAGACCAAUCUGAAUUAAGCUUUAUCAAUGUACUCUUUAUCUGUGUUACUAGUGCCUGGUAUGUAGUAGGUGCUCAAUAAAUGCAUAUUGAAUAACUAA